AUAAUUUCGAAGGUGAUAGUUUCAUGAAUUUUUUCUCAACGAGACUGGAAAUCAACUUUUAUUUCUUAACUCAUAUUCAACUUUUAUUUCUUAAUGCAUAUAUAUCUUAUGCUCUCCAAACUCUGAACCCUUUUUCCAAGUGGGAGUGCUUUGUAUUCAGGAUAGAAUGAAAUAUUGAGACAAUGGCAGUCAUCAUGGACAAUGGCGACUAAACUAGGUGUGGGCAACUGGAUUUAGCUAGACCCCUUAUAAUAACUGGAAGUUUUAUUUAAAGCAAGUAACGAAUAAUAUCGCAUUUACAGCAACACCAACCAACAUGGCCGCCGCUCACUGACAGUUAUUUCUAUCAUGACAAUGGGAGUAGAUACAACAUGUUCCCUCUUGUACUCCUACCUCCAUGGUUUAAAAAGAGCUUUUUUUAAUAGAAGAAGAUUUAUUUGCUGAGCUUACUUCAAAGAAAAAAUAAAGGAUUGAAAAGGAACAAUGGAAGUGCACAUUGACCCUGACAAAUCUAAGGCUCCAAGGAAACGAGGAAAGCCUAUCUGUUCAGCCACUUUAACGAAAAAGGCAAGUAGUACUUCAUCUGCUUCUUCUGGAAAGCGCAGAUGUGGAAGAACUGAAAGUGCAAGCAGUACUUUAUCUGCUUCUUCUGGAAAGAGCAGAUGUGAAAGACCUAAUAGUGUCCCUGACAAAUCUAAAGCUUCCAAGAGGCAUAAAAGGACCAUGGGUUCAACCACUUUAACAAAAAAGGCAAGCAGUACUUUAUCUGCUUCUUCUGGAAAGAGCAGAUGUGAAAGACCUAAUAGUGUCCCUGACAAAUCUAAAGCUUCCAAGAGGCAUAAAAGGACCAUGGGUUCAACCACUUUAACAAAAAAGGCAAGCAGUACUUUAUCUGCUUCUUCUGGAAAGAGCAGAUGUGAAAGACCUAAUAGUGUCCCUGACGAAUCUAAAGCUUCCAAGAGGCAUAAAAGGACCAUGGGUUCAACCACUUUAAAAAAAAAGGCAAGCAGUACUUUAUCUGCUUCUUCUGAAAAGAGCAGAUUUGAAAGACCUAAUAGUGUCCCUGACAAAUCUAAAGCUUCCAAGAGGCAUAAAAGGACCAUGGGUUCAACCACUUUAACAAAAAAGGCAAGCAGUACUUUAUCUGCUUCUUCUGGAAAGAGCAGAUGUGAAAGACCUAAUAGUGACCCUGACAAAUCUAAAGCUUCCAAGAGGCAUAAAAGGACCAUGGGUUCAACCACUUUAACAAAAAAGGCAAGCAGUACUUUAUCUGCUUCUUCUGGAAAGAGCAGAUGUGAAAGACCUAAUAGUGACCCUGACAAAUCUAAAGCUUCCAAGAGGCAUAAAAGGACCAUGGGUUCAACCACUUUAACAAAAAAGGCAAGCAGUACUUUAUCUGCUUCUUCUGGAAAGAGCAGAUGUGAAAGACCUAAUAGUGACCCUGACAAAUCUAAAGCUUCCAAGAGGCAUAAAAGGACCAUGGGUUCAACCACUUUAACAAAAAAGGCAAGCAGUACUUUAUCUGCUUCUUCUGGAAAGAGCAGAUGUGAAAGACCUAAUAGUGAAGCUGCCAGUGGUAUGCUGUUAGUGACCUGUCCAGCAUCCGAACAUCCCCCUGAAGACGGGUAAUUUUUCCUUUGAAUUCUUGAAAUUUGAUUAGUUUAUUUUUUAAUGUUUCUGGUAUUUUUAUAGGGCCUGAUUACUAAAUAGGCUAAGUAGACAUUCGCCUGGAAGCCCGACUUUGUGAAAUAAAAGAAGAAAUUUUAAAGUUGAAAAUAUUCAAAAAUAAUUAUUUUAAAACAAAAAAAAAGUUGCCCUUUUCCCUGUUUUUUCCAACUAUAUCUCAUUUUUUAGUGUUGACAAACAGGGAUCAAUUUAGACAUGUGAAAACCCGUGCACAAAUGGCAGCUAGAGAGCCGUUACCAAAAAGAGAUUUUAUUAUUCAUUGCUUUCUUUUACAAAAAAGGACGUAUUGUAUUCGCGAAAAAAUUUUCGGCCUUAAUUUCCAUUUUCAUCAUCCCCGAAUGAAUGUCGAGUUUUUUUUUCGA